CUCACGCCCCCUUGAAUGCUGGAAGUCCUCCUGAUGCUGGUCUGCGAGCAACUGGCCAAUGCGACUCGGGGCGGAAAUUCCCCGAUCUGCCCAUCCACCUGCACGUGUCACGGCCUCAACUCUGCGCUGGACACGGAGCAUUUUCAACCCACUUCCCUGGAUGACUGAACUUAUGGUCUUCUGAAUGAAGCUCCAGAAAUGCAUGCGCUACAAUAACCCCCGGGUUUGGCACCGUCUACCGUCUGUCGCCCUCCGGUUCCUCUCUCCCAACCAACCACGGCAGCAACGCUGCUUCACCUCUCAAAGCCAAUCCUCCCCCACGGCAUCCCGUCAAUACCGCCCCCUCGAGACUCUGGACAAUGUCGACAUAAGUCACUUUCGCGCGAAUUACUUUGCCCCGGAACGCCCUAUAAUCCUCCCGCGCCGUUCGUUUCGCGAAUUCCCGGCCUUCGAGCGUUGGUUCCAACCCGAUCCGACCGACUCCAAUGUGUCUCAAUUGAACACAACCUACCUUGGUCAACAUGGCGCCGAUGCAUUCGUCCCGCUGGAACUCACACAAUCAUCCUCAGAUGGCACUGUCAAUACAGGAGUCGACGGGCUCACGUUUCGACAAUUUCACGCGCCGCUGAGCCUGUUCCUAGACUGGAUUAGCACGGCAGAGACGCUCGAGACACAGUCCACACGUCUGUAUCUAGCGCAGUGUCAACUCCUAGAUCUACCCCAGGUGCUCCGCGAUGAUUUUCCGACACCAGAGCUGGUAGCGCAAGCGGGUAAAGGUGACGUGUACGACACGAACGUUUGGAUCGGAUAUCCGCCCACGUAUACACCUCUUCAUCGGGACCCCAACCCCAAUCUUUUCGUUCAGCUUGCGGGACAGAAGGUUGUGCGAUUACUGUCGCCUGAGGACGGGCAGAAGGUAUUUGGAGCUGUGAGACGUCAGAUGGGGAUGAGCGGAGGCCGCGAGGCUGCUGCCAUUCGCGGGGAGGAGAUGAUGCAGGGGCAGGAAAGAACGCUACUAGAGCAGGCUGUCUGGGAUGAUGCGACUGUUGUGUCAGGACUGAAUGGGUAUGAGGCGCGUCUCGAGGCGGGUGAUGGAAUGUUUAUUCCCCGUGGAUGGUGGCAUAGUAUCAAGGGCGUAGGGACGGGCGUGACUGCUUCAGUGAGUUCCCUUAUAUCGAGCGUACAUGCGCAUGCUUAUCUGAUAACAGGUCAAUUGGUGGUUCCGCUGAUAAAAUCUACGAUAACUGAACCCGGGGACAAAUAUGUCGGAGACAUGGUAGCCAGUCUAGGCUCCAACCUGCAUCUAUAUCGAACCGAACCGAACACCUAGAAAAAUCCAAUCCAAU